AUGGCGGCUGUGGGAGGUUCAGGUUCCAUCGGUGUUCAUGGUUUGGGAGACAUGAAGAGUCUCACCAUCCAAGUCAUCACGGGUCGAUGGUUCGUUGUGUUUGCCUCUUUUCUAAUCAUGGCUGCAGCAGGAGCCACCUACAUGUUCGGUCUCUACUCAAGUGACAUAAAAAACACACUUGGCUAUGACCAAACAACUCUCAACCUCCUUAGUUUUUUCAAGGACUUGGGUACCAACGUUGGUGUCCUCUCAGGACUCCUCAACGAGCUCACUCCACCUUGGAUUGUGCUAGCCAUUGGUGCCAUACUAAACUUUUUUGGGUACUUCAUGAUAUGGCUAUCAGUGACUCAAAGAAUAGCAACACCGAAAGUGUGGCAGAUGUGUCUCUACAUUUGCAUAGGUGCUAACUCUCAGUCCUUUGCCAACACUGGUUCCUUAGUAACUUGUGUCAAGAACUUCCCUGAAAGUCGUGGGGUUGUGUUGGGCAUCCUCAAAGGCUAUGUGGGUCUUAGUGGUGCAAUCAUCACUCAGCUAUACUCAGCUAUUUACUACGAUGACACAAAGGCUUUGAUUUUGCUCAUAGGUUGGCUUCCAGCUGCUAUAUCUUUUGCUUUCCUUCGAACGAUUCGAUACAUGAAGCCGAUUAGACAGCCUAAUGAGCUAAAGGUUUUCUACAAUUUUCUGUAUAUUUCUCUUGGCCUUGCUGGGUUUCUCUUGGUCAUGAUCAUUAUACAGAAAAGGGUCAACUUCACACAGAGUGAGUAUGGUGUGAGUGCUGCUAUGGUCAUCUUCUUGCUCUUCCUCCCACUUGUUAUUGUUUCUAUUGAAGAACAUAAGAUCUGGCAGAGUAAAAGGCUUGCAUUGGUUGAUCCCUCGCCAGUGAAAAUAAUAACCGAGGGUGAAAAGGUCAACCCGAAUGGUAAUACUAACUCGCCAACACAAGCAAAGGGAACGGUUUCACUUUCCAACGAUACCAAGUGGUGGCAAAAUGUGUUUAGUCCACCAGAAAGAGGUGAGGAUUAUACCAUACUUCAAGCACUAUUCAGCAUCGACAUGCUAAUACUAUUCAUAACUUGCAUUUGUGGUAUUGGGGGCACGUUGACUGCAAUAGAUAAUCUGGGUCAGAUAGGAAACUCACUUAAAUACCCCAAGAAGAGCAUAAGUACUUUUGUCUCCCUAGUAAGCAUUUGGAAUUAUCUAGGACGUGUUUUCUCUGGAUUUGUUUCCGAACACUUUCUACAAAAACACAAGUUUCCUCGUCCUCUUAUGCUUACUUUAACCCUCCUCUUAUCAUGUGUUGGUCACCUUUUGAUAGCAUUUGAUGUUCCAAACGGUCUCUAUGCGGCUUCGGUAAUCAUUGGGUUUUCUUUUGGCGCACAGUGGCCUUUACUUUUUGCCAUCAUAUCGGAGCUUUUUGGGCUUAAAUAUUAUGCAACUUUGUACAACUUUGGAAGCGCAGCAAGUCCACUAGGGUUAUAUUUGCUUAACGUGAAGAUGACUGGGCAUUUGUAUGACAAAGAAGCCAAGAAGCAAUUAGCAGCAUUGGGGUUAGAAAGAAAGCCAGGACAAGAAUUAAAUUGUGUUGGGGUCCAUUGCUUCAAAUUAUCCUUUAUUAUUAUCACAGCUGCAACUUUUUUUGGUGCCAUUGUUUCACUCAUUUUGGUGGCUAGGACGAUAAAGUUUUACAAAGGUGACAUAUACAAGAGAUACCGGGAAGAUGCCACGGUGGCAGAAGCUGAAAUGGUGGGGGUGGAGAACGGUGGCAGAGAAGGCCAAGAUGCCAAACUUGGCCAACACUUGGUGCCUGCAACUCAGAAAUAG